CCAGUGACAUCACAGAUCAGCCUUUGUAAAACUCUGUUUUUCUGACCCUUGUUUUGUAUCUGUCCUGUGUACUGGCUAUGUGUAUGUAGGCUAUAAGAAGCACCUUUUAGUUACUUUCAUUCUCGGGUUCUGUUGAUAGAGAAGAGAGAAACAAACACAGUCAAGACUAGAUUCUGGUAGUAGGCUGCACAAGAAGGUCGACCAUGGUUGGAAGGGGCAUCCUGGGUUGUUUCAUCUUGUGUCUGUCUCUGGCCUCAGUAUGCGCUGUCAGAGGAACCCUUAGUUCAAUAAAGGACCUCAAGGGAAUAGAGUUUGGUCACACCUCUCCUCGACACGGCCUCAUGCUGCUCCACUGGCUAGCCAACAACAUUUACAUUGACAACAACGGCAACAUGAGACUCAAUUUCAACCCAGCCAGGAGAGACUAUGGCUUUCAUUUCUAUAGAAAUGCAGAUAAUCCCCGUCCAUUACCUAUUCUGCACCAUCAACAUGAAAGUUACUACUCACUAGGGAACCUUGUUCACAAUAACAACAACGAUGCUUUGGCACUUCCUGAUUAUGUAACUCGAAGAUUCUACAACUCAAGGGGACCUGAGAACAACAGGGACAGGGUCAUACUCAGAGUUAGGGAGGAAGAGUCCAAUCAGUUCAUAGUAGAUGAGGUCUAUGUCACACAGCACUAUCCACCAAAUGGAAACACAGGAACUGGCUAUGAUCCAGACAAUACAUACCUUGUCAGUUUAAACCUCUUAACACAAAUCCAAUGUCUCGCAACCAUUGACCGAAAUGACAUUCCACGUAUAUAUAAUGUAGAGAUCAACCACAACAGUCUGCAAGAACUGGAAAACAUCUGGGGACACACACCUGGUCUGGCACUUCUUCUGACAAUUGUAUUGUCCUUUACAUUUAGGGCGCAAUCAUAUCGUGUAAAAUCACAAAGUACCUUGAAGCAUGAAGAUAAUACAUUGAUUAAGCUUGAGGUGAAAACCACAGAUAGAGGAAAAGCCAGGAUCAUCUGGAGUGGGAUCCCCAAGAGGCUAUUAGGCCAUGGUGUAAUGGUGGUUCUUCAUAGGAACAAUAACAGUGACAGUAAGAGCGAGCUGGACAGAUCAUCAGUCGGGGGAAAAGCCUCUGGGAGCUAUAACACUUCAGUACCCCUUAACCCUGGUCUCCAGGUCCGGCUCUGUAAGGAGGUAAAAUCAUGGUGGAAUAACUUGGGGUUUGGGUCUCCAACUGGAGAGGAGAUAUGGAGAGGUUCUGAGUUUCACGAUGCCAACAGAGAGAUUCCUGUUGAUGUUAACGGAUAUGACGCCAGUCUGCAGCUCUUCGUAAAGGAUGGAAAGGCCUGCGCUCGUCUGUAUGUAAAGAAAUCCUUCACUGCCUGGAAGAAAACGUUUAAUAACUCCUGGGUUGGGUUCUACUCUUCUGAAGGCACCCUGGAUUAUAACACCUGGCAAUGGGCUGUAAAGUUCUCUGAGGAAAAGGGCUCACAUCAGGCUGAUAUACCUGGGUAUGAUGUCUAUGUGUAUGAGUCUAGUAUGACCAUGUCUCCUGGGGUCCAAGUCAGAUUCAUGCUGGAGAAAGCUGGGGGUGAAAAGGUACGCACUCCACCCUGGGAGAGACUUGUCCAGUGGUGAGCUCACCUGAUAACAUGAUAUAUGACGUUGAUAUUCUCAUUUAUAACUGCUUGUGUAACUGCUUUUGUUCAACAUUUCUAUACCCUGUUUUUCAUUUAGAUGUAUUUUAAUUGUUCAUCUGUGUGAAGUGUAAAAGAUAAUCUGUUCCCAAAAAGCUACCUGGUAUCCCUUCUGUUCCUCUUUCUUUGCUAUUUUGAGGGGAUGACUACAGGUUGUUGGUGUAGGAGGGAGACUUGACCUGUCCUCAUGACAAAUCAUUCAGUACAUUAAAGAGUCUUUUUCUCUUUUUUUCUGUUUAAUGUAUCAUGGGCGGGAGACCUUUGUAGGGAAAGAGUGGAUACCUAGUCAGUUGUACAACUGAAUGCAUUCAACUAAAAUACAUGUUCCUCAUUUUACCCAAUCGCUCUGAAUACACGUCAUCGGUGCACAGGGAGCAGUUGUUGGGGGUUAAUUGCCAUGCUCAAGGGCAGAACGGUAGAUUUUUCCACCUUGGCGACCUGAGGAUUUGAACCAGAAACCUUACUGGGUUGCUGGCCCAAUACUGGGUUGCUGGCCCAAUGCUCUCUGUUUGUUGGUGUUCAUUUUUGUGUUUUGUGAAAAUUCUAUAAAAAUGGAAUCACAAAAAAACUAUGAUAAAUUCAGAGAAAUUAUACAAUAAAAACCUAAGAAAAACAAACAAAAUGGUGGUUUAAUCAUCCCAGGAUCCACUCUUGAGCCCUUCAAUGAUAUGUUCCUGGAAGAUGAGUGUGAAAAGAUAGACUGGGAUUAUGAUGGAGCUGGACAAUGGUGAUGUUGGACAAAUCUCAUAUCAGUAGUCGGUCUAUAGUGGUUUCCAUACCUAUUUGUUUGCAAAUGGAAUCAGCCAUGUCCCACCAACCAGUCCUGAACCACCAUUUAGGAAUGUGAAACACAUAAUGUAAGGUCAGCCCAGAGCUGUGGGGAACUCCAUCACCAUGAACCACAGUGUGAUGUAGCAACUGAUUUAGACCAGGGAAUCCUGAUGACUUCACUCAGACCAAUCAUUGGUAUUAAAGGAUCAGGUACAUUUAGUGCCAGUCAAAGGGAGAAGAGAAAAAUCAGCAGACAUUGUGGGUCCCAGGAACCCAUGUUGCAUACCUCUGGUCCAACCACAUCUGUGUGAUAUACUGCCCUCUACUGGACGUUACAAAGUACUAUAUUUAUCUCACAUCAGGCCUGAGUUUCAUUUAGAUAUUUUUGACCCAGAGUCAUACAAAAUUGUGUGUUUCUCUACUCCAACAAUUAAUCCACAGAUAAAAGGGAAAACCUAGUUAGUCUGAUUAAUCUUUGAUAACGUACUGAGUAUGUGGGUUAGUAUCACUGAGGUAUCUACUUACAUUCACAUACACCAUUUCAUGGUUGCUGUCAUCUUUCUUACUGGGAUUACUCUCCCUGCACUAGAGCUCAGUGCUCACUGGACAGACAGCAGUAUGCCGUGAACAUGCUCUGGGAACUCUGUUUAAUAUCUUCAGCUCUCCGUCAACAAACAAUUGUAAUAAUUCAAUGGAUGUUUUGUGCGCAAAUGUGAUGACUAAAGUGUCUUAUUAGGAAUUUUCUCAUUUGACUUCUCUAUGGGGCCAUCAGUGGGAAUUGUCUUUCUCGGCCGUGAUUCAGUUAAACUGCAAUAACGAAACAAUGCUGUAGAUGCAGUCAAAGUGUUCUUCGAGACUGAAACCCUGGCCCCUUGGUUACCCUGCUCGUGAAAACAAUGAUGAGAUGGGUCUCGGUAUCAGCUGAAUAAGAAUAUAUUUUGAUACUUAGAUAUUUCUUAAUUCCAUUAUUUUAAUUGUAUACGUUGUUGUGAAUUGUUACAUACUACUGCACUGUUGGAGCUAGGAACACAUUUCGCUAUACACAUAUUUAGCAGAUGUUAAUAUGGGUAUGUGAACUAUACAAUUUGAUUUGAUUUGGUUUGAAGUGGUACUCGCUACGCGUGACGUCCUUUACACAUUCUCACAUUGUAGUUGUAACUUCUCAACAGUAAAUGCAGGAAAUCAACAAUCCAAAUGGCAGACAACAUUACUCCAAUUACAAAACAUAUUUUCAAUAAACAGUUUUAAUAA